AGGGCUCACGUGACUGACCGUCGCCCAGGUUGUGUCGAAAGCAUCCUGGUGUUAGCAGCUAGCUAGCCACUGACAAUAAAUACUAAGUGAGGUGUAAAUAUUUUCACCAUGGGCGAAUUAUUAACUCGGCUCUAGUGGAGACACAGAAGACAAGGAACUACCAUAACUGUCCUUUUCCAACAUGGUCUGACAGCCGGUAUCUGAAGAGGCCAGUUAACACAGCGAAGUAAUCAUUAGCCUUAGCCAACGUUCAAACUUUGACGGGCAACAGCAGCAAUUCGUUAGCUAGCUGCUAGUUGGCAAAUUUAUUACUACUAUACCAGCUAGCUAGGUGACAUGUCUUGUUAUUGUAGCAAUUGUUGUAACUAACUAGCGUCGUAGCCGUUCACACACAGAUAAAUGUCGCGUUAAUUUGACAAGCCGUACAUGUAAAAUUAGCGUUAACGUUAUUACUAAGUAACGUCUGCCAACUUAUGAAUAAUGACUAACGCUACUGUUAGGCAGCUAAUGCUAACGUUAGCGACUAAAACUGUGUAAGUUAGACGUAAACUGUAACUUGCGUACACAGUGAAUCAAAAUCAAUAUUGAUAAUCUUUGUCUGAGCUAAUAGUGUAAUAGAGCGAUCAGCUAGUGAACAUCUGGAAUCUGAACAGCAGCACGUCUGUGUUUUCUGAUUGAUUUCGGCCAAUCACAUGAGAUAAAUAAUGCGAAACACCAGGAUGUCAACGGCGUGGGGAUUAACGUUAGGGCAGCAGUAUUGUCUAGAAAACACAGCUGUCCGGUCAUCUCUAUAAUCCUUGUAUUUUGCACAAUGCAACCACAGUAGAUUUUUUUUUUAAUUGCUGAGCGCGUGGUAUUACAUUUUGUACAAACGAAAACAUUUGAAUACCCAGUUCAUCUUAUACAGUCUGUAUAGACUAAAGUCUAUAUACAACUUCUUUGAGUUAUGCCUGGGGACGCAUCUGAUAGUAGUGAUGACUCCGAUGCAAAAUCAAAUGAAAAGGCCUGCACCGUCAAGCAUCAGAUCACCAAUGCUAACCUCACAGGUCACACUGAGAGGGUUGGCAUGGAGAACUUUGAGCUGCUCAAAGUCUUGGGCACUGGAGCUUAUGGAAAAGUCUUUUUGGUAAGGAAGAACAGUGGCCAUGAUGCUGGCCAGCUAUAUGCCAUGAAGGUGUUAAAGAAAGCAGCUAUUGUUCAAAAGGCAAAGACAACAGAACAUACCCGCACUGAGAGGCAGGUGCUCGAGCACAUCCGCCAGUCUCCCUUCCUUGUCACGCUCCACUAUGCCUUUCAGACGCAGAGCAAGCUACAUCUCAUCCUGGACUAUGUGAGCGGUGGGGAGAUGUUCACUCAUUUGUACCAGCGCGAUCACUUUCCUGAGGAGGCGGUGCGGAUUUAUAUUGGAGAAAUAAUCCUGGCUCUGGAGCACCUGCACAAGCUUGGGAUCGUUUACCGAGACAUCAAAUUGGAAAACAUCCUUCUGGACAGUGAAGGUCAUGUGGUAUUGACAGAUUUUGGGCUCAGCAAAGAGUUUCUAGAAGAAGAGAAGGAGAGGACCUAUUCUUUCUGUGGCACCAUUGAGUACAUGGCGCCUGAAAUCAUCAGGGGGAAGGCGGGGCAUGGCAAGUCAGUAGAUUGGUGGAGUCUUGGGAUCCUGAUGUUUGAGCUGCUGACAGGAGCAUCUCCUUUUACCCUAGAGGGAGAGAGGAACUCCCAAAGCGAGGUGUCAAAACGUAUUUUGCGCUGUGACCCACCAUUCCCCGCUAUGAUUGGACCAACUGCUCAGGACCUGCUGAGGAAAUUGUUGGUGAAAGAUCCUCACAAGAGACUGGGCUCAGGACCGCGAGGGGCUGAAGACAUCAAAGCACAUCCCUUCUUCAAGGGUCUGAACUGGGCUGACUUGGCACAAAAGAAGGUGUCAAGUCCAUUCAAACCAGAGCUGAAGAGUGAACUGGAUGUGGGAAACUUUGCUGAAGAGUUCACUGGGAUGGAUCCUGUCUACUCUCCAGCGAGCACACCUCCAAGCACAGACCGCCUGUUCCAGGGUUACUCCUUUAUUGCUCCUUCCAUCCUGUUCAACAAGAAUGCCGUCAUGGGAGACUUUGUAGAAGCCCAGAUUGGUGCCGAUCGACCAGGUUCGGCUUCUGUUCAACGCAGUGCAAUGUUAGAGGAAUCACAGUUUUUUCACCACUAUGAGCUGUGUCUCCAUGGGCCACCGCUCGGUGAGGGCAGCUUCUCUGUGUGCAGAAAAUGCAGACACAAGCAAAGUGGCCAUGACUAUGCAGUCAAGAUCGUGAGCCGCAGAAUGGAAGCAAACACUCAGAGGGAGAUUGCUGCAUUGAGGCAAUGUGAAACUCACCCCAACAUCGUCAAGCUGCACGAUGUCUAUACUGAUCAGUACCACACGUAUCUAGUGAUGGAGCUCCUGCGAGGUGGGGAGUUGCUUGAGAGGAUCAAGAGGAAGAAACUGUUUGGCGAGGCGGAGGCCAGUCAGCUGUUACAGAGCCUGGUCUCAGCUGUCAGCUUCAUGCACGAGGCUGGAGUUGUGCACAGAGACCUCAAACCAGAGAACGUGCUGUUUGCUGAUGAGGGGGAGGACUCCGUGCUGAAAGUAAUAGAUUUUGGAUUUGCCCGCCUGUGCCCUGCAGGCAGUGCCCCCCUGCAGACUCCCUGCUUCACACUGCAGUAUGCUGCACCUGAACUUUUUGAGAGUGCAGGAUACGACAAGGCCUGUGACCUCUGGAGUCUUGGGGUCAUCCUGUACACCAUGCUGUCAGGCCAGGUGCCAUUUCAGAGUGAGCAACGUGGAAUGACAUCAUCAUAUGCUGCAGACAUCAUGCAAAAGAUAAAAGAGGGUGAUUUCUCACUGGAUGGAGAGGCGUGGAAGGGUGUAUCAGAGGAUGCCAAAGAGCUUGUUAAAGGCCUACUAACAGUGGAUCCAGAGAGGCGUCUGAAACUCUCCGAUCUCAAAGAGAACAGCUGGCUGCAGGGUGGAGCAUCCAUGUCCACCACUCCGCUAUGUACUCCAGAUGUGCUGGAGUCCAGUGGGCCUACUGUUCGCACCUAUGUCAAUGCUACCUACAAGGCUUUCAAUCGAGGUAAGAGAGAGGGCUUCUUUCUGAAAAGUGUCGACAAUGCUCCGCUUGCAAAACGACGGAAGCUAAAGAUGACUAGCACAGGUGUAGAGACCCGUUGGAGUUCAUCCUCUUCCUCCUCCUCUUCUUCCACUUCCUCCUCUGCCUCUGCAACCGCAUCCAAAGCACAGCCAAAACAAACUGUGACCCCAAAGCAGAGCUAGCCUAAAUGGCAGGAGAGAGAACAGCUGGGAAAUGAAGCAGCGUGUGCUUAUACUGGCAACAUGAAGUCCUGCAGUGGUGAUAGGGUCACUCAUUUUGAGAAAACAUUCUGACAAACCAAAAGACUGGUUUAGGUUAGUAUUAACUUUUCAGUAUAAAAUGAAAUUCCACUCUUUAGCAGUAAUACAUUGUCAUGCCAUAUUUUUCCCAAAACCAAACAUAUAUUUUCCACAAGUGGAUGGAAGAGAAAAUGGUAGAGGUCUAGUUUGGUAUUAAGAUGUACAGAAAUCUGUGGCCUUUAGACAAAUUAAUUUUCAGUAUUCACUCACCAUAAUGUGGUGACAUCACACUAAAAGUAAAAAGGAGACAUUUACCUAUUUUCACUGUGGGUAAGAAACAGUGCCUGGCUAUAUAGGGUUAAAGGGAAAAAGGAGCCAUAAAUGAGCAGAAGCCAUAUAUACAGCAAAGCAGUCAGUAUAUGAAUUGAGCCGCGGUGAAAAAAAUUGCACAUAGCAAAUAAACAGUCCUUCCGGGAAUUUGCAAAUUGAUUGAUUGAUUGUAUCCAACUAUUAUUAACUUUGCCACACGUAUAAUGAUUGGCAAAGAACGGGAAGAGUGAUGUAGACAGUCAGUCCAGUAAAAAUAGCAGUUUUGUAAAAACUAUAGAUUUUUUUUUUUUCUUCAUUUGUUUAAGUUGGGCAAAAAUAAAGCUGUUUGCACAGUUUGCAGAGAAUGUAAAUGCUCAAAUGGUCAAAAGACAAAGCAAAUUUCUGGAAGGACUGAGCACAGAGGGAAACGCUUGUGAUCUAUAUAACCUUAGAGAUUGUGUAGGAUGCAUAAUGCUGUAGUCGACAUCUUCUCCAUUUGAUACAGUUUUAACUGUGUGAUGAUCUUUUAGUCCAAAGGGCACUGUCUUUACAAAGCAGUUACACCUCCAAUACACUACCAACCCUACAGAUCCCAUUGAACACAGUGUGGAGCGCAUGUUUUGAUAGAUGGCUCUGAGGAAGUGUUAUCAUAAACAAUCAGUUUGACUUGAAGUGGUCACAGUACUAACCAAGUGUCCAACAGUAGCACCUGUAAAAACAGAUGGAGACACAGAAGCGGUUGUAACAUACAGUGUGAUUUUCUCAUCAUACUUUGCUGUAAAUUACUUGCAUCAUUGUGCUGGUCUGAAAAUGUCUAGCAUGCUAAUCUGUUGUGAUGAUGAAUUAUGAGAAUGUUUUUUCUAUAUUUUGAGUAUCUUGGGCUUACUGAGGAAAUGUCAUCCAUAAUGUUUUAUAUGCUACCAAGUGCAGCUUGAGUGUUUGCACGCAGACUGGAGUAAAAUCCAUUUUGGUGAUUUUGAGUGUACACUGCCUUGGGCUUGUGAAUUUUAAAAGGGUAUUACAGUUCUCUGUUUGUCCCAUCAGACCAGCGCCAUAUGCGGCCACCACAGAUAGCAUCUUAUUUGAUACAGUGAAAUAUUUUUGCCUGAUGAUUAAGCUCAGCUUGUUGUUACCUGGGCUGCAAAGGUCACCCAUUUGUUUUUUUACAGAGGUGGUUUUAACACAUUGUAUGGCUUUGAAAUUCAAAUUAUGUCACAGAAUGAGACACUUAAUCGUGACUUUAAAAUGGCUCUUUUAAGACCUUCCUGGGACGUCUGUUGUGUAAAUACUCAUCCUUGAUUUAGAGCAAAAAAAUGAUGUCUGUAAUGAUUUAAAAUUGACAGCUGUUUUAAUGGUAUAUCAUUCUCCUGAUGUAAUUAUGUUUUUAUUUGACUUUUUUUUUACAUGUUGCACAGUCAGUUGAUCAAUUAAACACAUUUCAGCUUUAAAGGUGCUUUUACUGAUAUUUAUUACAUGUAAUUGAUUUUAAUGCUGUGGUAAUGGGAUUAUGAUAAUUUGGCUCCUGUUGUGUACCAGCACCGUGUGUGUGUGUGUGGCUGUGUGAGAGCAUGAGUGGCACUGGGAGAUUGGUUGUACUUAUAUUUCUCUACCAGAUGAAGCAUAAUUGCAAGUUACUGUAUUAUUUCCUUGUUGUUUGCCGCCUUUGUCUGUUUAGAGGUAACUGGUUAUUUGUGUUUGAACAUUGAAUUUUUACUUAUGAAACUGUGCUUUUAUUGGUGUUGAUAUUCUUUUGAUGUAGUAAAUGAUAUUUUUCUCUUUCUUUUGUUGAGCAUUACUAUUUUACUGAGAUGCACUGUCAACUGAUGUCGUAACUGGGAAUUUAUCUUUUGCACCAAGAUUUUUUUGGUCGGUGCAAAAUAAACAUUACUUUUAAAUAGA